GUCGGCAGGCAGAGUCCAAGGGUGGUGCCGUACCCAGCCCACAGCCUGUGUCCUGGAGAGCCCGGCCUUCAGAGCGUAGCAGUUGUGUCAAUGGGCUCAGCUGAUCAUCGACUGAACCUGGCAGAGAUCCUCUCCCAGAACUACGGCGUGCGGGAGGAGAGGGAGGAAGAGGAUGAUGCUCAGGAGAAGCAGAAAUCCUUAGAAGAUCUGGAAAAGAGUUUCAGUGCCUCUCAGAGCAGUGAAAUGCCAUUUGAGGAGCUGCUUGCACUUUAUGGCUAUGAGGCAUCUGACCCCGUCUCGGAGCAGGACAGCAAGAGCAAUGAUAUUUCUCCAAACCUCCCAGAUAUGACUCUGGAUAAGGAACAAAUAGCGAAGGAUUUGCUUUCAGGGGAAGAAGAGGAGGAGACACAGUCUUCAGCUGAUGAUCUGACCCCGUCCGUCACAUCCCACGAUGCAUCGGACCUGUUUCCAAACCAGCCUGGCUCAAACAACUUCCUCGCUGAUGAAGACAAAGAGCCCUGUUCAUCUCCGUGUGCUUCCUCCAUGGCUGAGGAUUCGGAGGAGGAUUCCAUCCCAGCCAACGAGUGCAAGAAGGAGAUCAUGGUUGGACCUCAGUACCAGGCUGCUGUUCCCAUCCUCCACUCGAACAGGCGCGGUGAGAAAGCCUAUGAGAAUGAAGAUCAGCUGCUUUGGGACCCAAACAUACUCCCUGAGAGGGAGGUGGAAGAGUUCCUGUACCGUGCCGUGAAGCGGCGAUGGGACGAGCUGUCCAGCGGUAGCCUGCCAGAAGGAGAAAUGGUAAAGGACAACGAGCAGGCUUUGUACGAGCUGGUUAAAUGCAACUUCAAUGCCGAAGAGGCGCUGCGCAGGCUACGGUUUAAUGUGAAGGUCAUCAGAGAUGAGCUUUGUGCCUGGAGUGAGGAAGAAUGUAGAAACUUUGAACAUGGCUUCAGGGUCCAUGGGAAAAACUUCCAUCUUAUCCAGGCAAACAAGGUCCGCACCCGGUCAGUGGGCGAGUGCGUGGAGUAUUACUACAUGUGGAAAAAAUCAGAGCGCUACGACUACUUCACCCAGCAGACGCGUCUAGGAAGGAAGAAGUACGUCCUCCACCCUGGAGCCACGGAUUUCGUUGACAACGAUUUGGAUGGGGGUGAGGUGGAAAACAGUAGCCGUUCCCGGAGCUCCCCCCCGAUUCCCUCUGCAGCCGGCUGCCUGGAGCCUCCUUUUGGCCAGGAUCAGCUGGCAAUGGAGAGUGCAGAGCCCCUGAGCGUGGAGAGCACGGCCUGCAGCCUGGGCAGCAUCAGCGAGUCGGGGCAGGGCUACGAGUGCAGCACCCCUUCGGAGACGAAUUGUUCCUUCGACCCCGCCGAGGAGACGUCCUCGGGCGCUGCCUUGGCCCCUUGUGCGCGACACGGUGCCACCCCUGCGGAGCCAGGGCUCUACGCUUUGCCGGCAGCAGGACCGGGACUCGCAGAGAAGCAGGAGACGUUGCAGAGCUCUGGUGAGACGAUAACCAUGGACUUCACUCUCCCCGCAGACAUUAAUGAGGGUUUGCCCUUAAUUGCUGGCCCUGUGGAUUUGGACAGAAACCCAGAGGCAGUGGUGGCCCCUGCGCAAGUGUCCUUAUCGGUCACAGAUUUUGGCCUCAUUGGCAUCGGAGAUGUAAAUAGCUUUCUGACUGCGCAUCAGGCUUGCCCAGCGCCCGUGGCUCGGUCGGAGCCGUUGUCACAGUGA